AACCAAAACCAAAACGAGUGCUUCAAAAUAAAUUUGCUUUAGCAUAAUGUGUUUAUAGGUGGUUACUUAUAGUCAUGAAAUCGCAAAAAUAAACAGCUCUCAACGAUCGGUCGCCAUCACGAAAUUCAAACCAGUCGAGAUUUAAAUAACGAUCCUCUGAACCAUUGUACUCGAUACCAGUGUUGGCAACAGGAACAAAAAAUCAGUUCGUAGGAUGUUAGUUUCGUGUGACCAUAGAAGCAGCAAUGGUAGCAUGCUUCUAUCAGCCCUAAUCGUGAUAUUACUGCACAUCACUUGCAUUCGAUCUCAACAGGAGCCACAGGAAGGUGAACUAAUUUUCGCACACGUGUUAUAUCGUCACGGUGACAGGACGCCAGUUGAUCCCUACCCGAAUGAUCCUUGGAAAGAUCCUAGCCAUUGGACAACCGGCUGGGGACAGCUGACUAACGCUGGCAAACAUCGACAUCUAGAAUUGGGACGUUGGUUACGAAACCGCUAUCAGGGUCUUCUUCAGACUACUUACACAAACAACGAAAUUUACGUGCGCUCUACGGAUGUCGAUCGGACUCUGAUGAGUGCUGAGUCAAACCUGGCUGGCUUAUAUCCACCGAACGGUGCCGAUGUAUGGGAUUCUGCCAUCCAGUGGCAACCGAUUCCCGUGCACACCAUCCCAGAGCCACUAGAUGAAGUGCUGUCGGCGAGAAAACCUUGUCCGGCAUACGACAAUGCCCUUCGCAAGUACAAAAGUUCGGACGAAUUUCAACAGUACAACAAAUCACUUGAGCCAAUCUUCCAAUAUGUCAGUGCCAACUCAGGUAGAAAGAUUGAUUCACCAACUGGGGCACAGUUUCUUUACAGUUGUUUACAUAUCGAAACGUUGAAUAAUUUUACACUGCCAGAGUGGACCAAGAAGGUCUACCCGGAACCACUGCGUUCAAUCGGUGCCAGAGCAUUUGCCAUUAAAACCAAUACGCCUCAGUUAGCUCGUCUUAAAACUGGGCCACUCGUGAAAGAAAUACUUCAACGUUUUCAGGAUAAAGCUAGUGGAAAGUUGAAACCAGAUCGUAAGCUAUGGAUGUACAGCGCUCACGACGUUACCGUUGCCAACUUGCUUAACACACUUCAACUUUUCGAACUUCACAAUCCUCCGUUCGCUGCGUGUGUUCUGCUAGAGCUCUAUCGAACCGGGAACUCGAACGCGCCGUACGUUUCAAUCUACUACAAAAAUACUACUGCCGAACCGGAACCAUUGUACAUUCCGAACUGUGGUCAACGUUGCCCUCUCGAUCAGAUGUCCAAGGUUUAUCAGGAUAUCAUACCGGACAACUGGCAACACGAAUGUCAGGUUCCGUUCCUAUCGCUGACCUACGUAGAGGCGGACAUGCGUUCUUCCACGGGACUUAUCGGUAUCAUAUUCCUAACGACUGUUGCCAUUCUGUUGGUACUGCUAGGGCUGAUGGCGUAUCGAAAGCGUCGUAGCGGUUAUCACAACGACAAAUGGUACUUGCGUAUCGACGGAUAAUGGUGGUGGAAUGACAGUGGCCGAACUGACCGCAGCCGGCGAUUACUUCUUGAAACCGUCGUUGUUGAUGAGCUGGAACAGUACGAGCAGGUUGAUGUCUGAUAUACAAGUAUAAACGUUGCAUUUGUACUAUCCGGUACAUACUCAGUGAUUGCUUGUUAAAUUUAUUGUGUGUACAUUUUUAUAUCUAGAAUACUAAUGUUGCCGUUGAGACUCUAGUGGAACUUUGUAAGAAUGAGCAUUAUAAUAUUUUAAAUAAAUUGAUAGGACUAUUUUAAGA